CGCCGGUGCCCUCGGCGGCCCUGGAGGACCGCGGCGGCCAUCGCGGCGCCGCCAGCCUGGCGGCCGCGGGCCACGAAGACCCCAGCAGCCCCGCGGCCAAGGCCGCCGCGGACGCGGUCCCCGCAAGCGCUGCGGCCACUGCCGGCGUCGCCGGCGCGGUGGUGAUGGCGCCGCCUGCCGAGACCACCACCACCACGUCAACCACCACGUCAACCAGCACGUCCACCAGCACGUCCACCACCGCGUCCACCACCAGCGCCACCUCCACCACCACUGUCACCGUCCUCUUCGACUACGGCGGCGUGCUGAAGGCCAUCAGCUACUCCCCGGUGCCCCUCAAGAAUCCUGGCCCGGUGCUCCCCCACGACGACUUCAUGAGCAACGAAACCGUGGCCCUGUGGGGCCAGCAAGGCCGCGGCGACCUCCGCAUCAUGAAGGCGCUCGGAGCCAACACGGUGAGGCUGUACGGCAACGACCCCACCCUGGACCACUCAGACUUCUUGAGCGAGGUCGAGGCAUUGCAGCUGAAGGUUAUACCUGGGAUCAGCGACUAUCCGUACACCCAGAUGGAGAAGAGGUGCCAGUGGACCGACUUCGACUGCUACGAGCAGAUCAAGGAGAACUACCUGGGCGUGCUCCGAGGCGGCUUCCUCCGCGGCCGCACGGCCACCUACCACAGCGCCAUCAGCGCCGUGGUCCUCAUGAACGAGCCCGAGCUGAAGCUCGCCGGGGACAUCCUCCCGAACGUCUUCGCGAAGGCCAUGGUCAGCGCCCUGGACGCGGUCCUGGACGCGGAGCGGGAGGCUGGCGUGCAGGGCCCCCGCCCGAGCCUCACGGUGACCUUCUCGUUCUCGGUCUGCAGGUUCUGCGCACGCUUCGGCGACGUGCCCGCGCUGGGGCAGAUGUGGGAACUCCGCAACGCCAUGCGGAACCCCAUGGCCGUCGGGUACCAGCCGCGCAACGACCUGUGGAAGGCCUACGAGGAGCGCUUCGUCCACAGCGUAAACACCGAGAACACCGCGGAGGAGUUCUUCCGGCUGUUCCUCGGGCAGUACGAGCUGGAGUUCCGCAAGCCGGUGUUCGUCGGGGAGUACCACGCGCCCAACCGCGGCGCCGACCUGAGGAGCGACCUGCGAGCCAUGAUCCGAAGGUCUGCGAACCAGUCAUCGCUGCUGGUGGGCUUCUCCUUCUUCGAGUUCCAGGUCCGGUACGACAAGGGCGGCGGAGCCGCAGGCGAGAUGGGCUUCGGCAUGUUCGGGCUGGGCGACAGGUCGGUCUGCAGCCUUUCUCUCAGCGGGGCUCCGUUCGACGCCUGGUGCCUCACGGACGUCCAGGAGGCGUCCGUGACGAUCUCGGAGGCGGUCGCCGGAGCCUUCAGGGGCCCCGGGCUCGCCCCGCCGAUGCUGUGCUGAGGUGCCCCUCGGAGCCAGCCUCCGCGCGCCGCGCUCGCCGUCCGCGUCCUUCCGGUGCCCGUCGCCCUCCCUGCCUUCCCGCGCCCCGCGCGCCGCCUCCCGCCUCGAACCUUUUUCCUUUUCCCGUUCACGGCCUCCCGCUCUCCCGCUGCCCUUGGCCGGCCUGCGGUGCACUGCCAAGCGACCGUGCUAUUUGCCAGAGGUGUUAAUGAUCGGCGCGCCGCCCGCGCCACGGAGCCUCGGACACGAGCGCGCGCCUCGCGAACGGGAUGGCCGCCGCGCGGAACGGCCCUGGUGCGCUCUGUCUGGCGCCCGACUUGUCCCCCCCCCCCUUCU